AUGCGUCCCGGCCCCGACCCCGUCGCCCUACCUGCGACCCCGGCCCCGUCGCCCUACCUGCGCCCCGGCCCCGGCCCCGUCGCCCUACCUGCGCCCCGGCCCCAUCGCCCUACCUGCGUACCGGCCCCGUCGCCCUACCAGCGGCCCCGCCGCCCUACCAGCGGCCCCGCCGCCCUACCUGCGGCCCCGCCGCCCUACCUGCGGCCCCCGCCGCCCUUACCUGUGGCCCCGCUGCCCUUACAUGCGGAUCCGUCGCCUGUUGCUGCAGCCCCGCCACCUUACCUGCGGCCCCGCCGCCCUUACCUGCGGCCCCGCCGCUCUUACCUGCGGCCCCGCCACCUUACCUGCGGCCCUGCCGCCCUUACCUGCGGCACCUCUACUUCUGUCAUGGCUACCCCUAGUGUCCUCGCUUUUGACGCUGAGGGUAGGGCCAUUGACUUUGACGUCUGGAUAGAUGACCUGCAGCUUUUCUUACAGUGCGAUAGGGCAGACCGACUCUCUCUCUUUGACCUCACCUCUGGUGCCUCUCCUGCCCCUGCUGCUGAUGCUGACGCCACUGUCCGCUCACAGUGGGCCACGCGCGAUACUGCUGCACGUCUUGCUGUGCGUCGCCACCUGUCUACUUCUGAGCGUGCGCACUUUAGCCAGUACAAGGGUGCUCAGACCUUGUACGACGCUGUAGUUGCACGCUACUCCUCCCCUGCCACUGCUGCACUGAGCCGCCUCAUGCUACCGUACCUCUUCCCUGACCUAGCUGCCUUUCCCACAGUGGCUGACCUCAUUACGCACCUCCGCACUAGUGACACUCGCUACCGCGCUGCGCUUCCUGCUGAGGACCACUUCCUCUCAGUUUGCCCCACCACUCUCACCGUUGACCUCCUCGAGAAGGCCCUCCUAGCAGCAGAAAAGAGCAUAGUCGCUGUAGGAGCCUCUCGGGGUGACCCUCGCACCCCCAUCUUUGAGGGGUGUUCCCCCUCCCCUCUUUUGCCCUCUAUUGCCUCUGCUGCUGCGGCCGACCUCGUUGGUCUGGAGUCGGUCGGUGCGGCGUCUACCCCUAGUGGGAAGCGUCGCUCUGGCAAAGGCAAGGGGGGCAGGGGCGCUGGAGGAGCUAGCGGGGGCGGUGGAGGCGGCGGUGGAGGCAGUGGAGGGGGUGGGGGUGGUGGUGGGAGUGGUGGCGGGGGUGGAGGUGUCGGCGGCGGCAGUGGAGGUGGAGGCGGCGGUGGCGGUGGGAGCGGAGGUGGUGGAGGUGGCGGAGGUGGAGGAGGCGGUGGCGGAGGAGGAGGAGGAGGAGGUCGUGGAUCUUCGCAGAGGAGUGGCUCCAGUGGUGGUCAACGCCAGCAGCAGCAGCGCAGUCGGGAGACCCUGUCCCCUCAGCAGCUCCGUGAGUGGUACGCUGCACGCCAGCGGGGUGGGGGUACUGGUCCGUGCACCUACGUCCUGCGCACCGGCGACCGUGCGGGUGAGCAGUGUGGGGGUGCGCACCCCACCCAGCGCUGCUUUGGCCGCCUGACGGACGCUUGGCGUCACCAGUUCCCUGAGGCCACUGAGAUCCCUCGCUGGGGCGAGCUGUCUAGGGCAGGGGUAGCUAACUUUGACCUUGAAUUUGAUGCUAUUCUUGCUGCUAUGUAUACUGUGUCUAUUAGUGAGGAGGGUGACUGUUACCGGUGUUUCCCGCCCGACCCGGGCAUUGCGACUGCUGCUCUAGGUACUGGUGAGGCUGCUGCUCUUGGUGCUAGCGAGGCUGCUGCUCUAGGUGCUAGUGCGUCUGCUUCCUCCGGUACUGGUGAGUCUGCGCUCUCAGGUACUGCGUCGGCUUCGGCCUCCCACACCUUCACACUUGACUCGGGGGCUUCUCGCUCCUUCUUUCGAGACCGCACCACACUCACGCCGCUUAGUCGGCCAGUUGCAGUCUCCCUGGCAGACCCCUCUGGGAGUCCUGUCCUUGCUCACUUCUCCACUGUCCUCCCGUGUUCGGCGGCCCCCUCUGGCACCCUGUCUGGUCUUUACCUCCCCUCGUUCUCUACGAACUUGGUGAGUGGUGCUGACCUACAGGAUGCGGGGGUUCACCAGUUCACUCCUGCGAGCCAGCGGGUGACCCACUACACGGACGCUCGGACAGGCCGACACCUGGCCACGUUUACACGUCGGCCGGGGUCGAGCCUGUACACACUGACCAGUGCGUCUCCUCCAGUCACUGCGUCUGGUCAGGUAGCUGCGUCGGGUCAGGUGUUAGCUGCAGCGUCCAGGUCUGGUCCUGAGUCUGCCCCCUGUUCGUGUCGCCUCCUGUCUCACGAGACUCUCCUCUGGCACCACCGCCUUGGUCACCCCUCCCUGCUUCGUCUCCGAAGCAUGGCCUCCCGUGUCCUUGUCUCUGGUCUUCCCUGGUCCCUCCCUCCCCUUCCUCCGGGGCCUGGCCCUACCUGCGUCCCCUGUGUCAAGGGGCGGCAGCGGGCUGCCCCUCACUCCUCCCAGUUUCCUCCGAUAGAGGCCCCGCUGCAGACGCUUCACAUGGACGUGUGGGGCCCAGCCCGCGUCCGUGGACAGGGUCACGAGCGCUACUUCCUGCUGGUGGUUGACGACUACUUGCGUUACACCACAGUCUUCCCCUUGCGCAGCAAGGGUGAUGUCACUGAGGUGUUGAUCGACUGGAUCCGCGCAGCUCGUCUCCAGCUCAGGCGGAGCUUCGGCUCGGACUUUCCUGUUCUGCGUCUGCACUCUGACAGAGGCGGAGAGUUCUCCUCUGGCCUUCUGCGAGCCUACUAUCGUGCACGAGGCAUCCGCCAGACCUUCACGCUUCCGGACUCUCCACAGCAAAAUGGGAUUGCUGAGCGCCGCAUUGGCAUGGUCAUGGACGUCGCUCGUACGUCCAUGAUGCAUGCGGCUGCCCCCCAUUUUCUGUGGCUGUUUUCGGUCCGGUACGCGGCGCAUCAGAUCAACCUUCAGCCCAGGGUCUCCAUGCCGGAGACCUCCCCAGCUUUGCUGUGGACGGGGAAGGUUGGCGAUGCGUCUGCGUUCCGUGUCUGGGGAUCUCGGGCGUUUGUCCGCAACUUGUGCCAGGUCCCCCCCCGGUAG